CACUCUCUUCCCUCCUCCCGUAGCGGGGGAAUCACGCACGCCGCAGGGGAACGCAAGGGGUGGGAUAACUACGUUUUGCUCACCCGUCGACUGCGCACAACCCUACGGCCUACUCAGCGACACGGCACUGCCUUUUAAUUUCCCUGCCAAAGUUGAACCCCCCCGGCUAUAUCAAUCUAAUCUAAUCUGAUAUUUCGAUCAAAUCAACGGAGUUCGCCUGUAUGCAACCCCCCUUGCACCGAAGGGUCCACACACUGCCCUCUCCACUGCGUCGGAGGUCGGAGGGCGAAAACAGGUUCAUACCCGAGGACCCUUGUUCGGUGCGAUUCUACAGUUUGAUGAAGACGGACGCGACGGCCUCAUGCUGCCUACGAGUGGCCAAGGAUUUUUUUUUCUUCUUUUCUUUUCUUUUCUUUCUUUCUUUCUCUUCUCUUUCUUUCUUAGACAAAGGCCCCAUUACAAGUCGAGCACCAUGCGGAUACGUUCAUCAUUUGAUUAGGGAUUAGACCGCGGGUGAGGUACAGCGGACGGAUUCUGCGU